CAGCUGCCACAGCCUCAUCGGAGAAAACUUGAGAACUCAUCCACGCGUUCAAGAGGUCUUGUGCGUGCCUAAGCUCCAGAGCUUCUUGGUGUGAACAUGGCUGAGCAUACAGACCAGUCUUUGAGGAUCGUUCUGGUAGGGAAGACUGGAAGUGGGAAAAGUGCAACAGCAAACACCAUCCUUGGGGAGAGAAUCUUUGACUCUAGAAUUGCUGCCCAUGCUGUUACCAAGACCUGUCAGAGAGCAUUGCGGGAAUGGAAGGGGAGAGAACUUGUUGUUGUUGACACCCCUGGGCUCUUUGACACCAAGGAGAACCUGCACACCACCUGCAAGGAAAUCAGCAAGUGUGUCCUUUGCUCGUGCCCAGGGCCUCACGCCAUUGUUCUGGUUCUGCCUCUGGGCCGCUACACAGAGGAAGAGCAGAGAACCGUUGCAUUGAUCAAGGCUCUCUUUGGGGAGCCAGCCAUGAAGUACAUGAUCAUUUUGUUCACUCGCAAAGAAGAGUUAAUGAGCCAGAGCCUAAUGCUAAAUGAUUUUAUAGCAGAAGCAGAUGUGAACCUACAAAACAUCAUCCAAGAGUGCGGCAACCGCUACUGUGCAUUUAGCAACGUUGUAGAAGCAGAGAAGGAAAGUCAGGUGCAGGAGCUGGUGGGGCUGAUAGAGAAAAUGGUGCAAGCCAACGGAGGGUCUUACUUUUCUGACGCCAUAUACAGGGACACAGAGAAACGCGUGAGACGAGAGGCAGAGCUUUUGAGGAAAACCUACACUGAUGAAUUAAAUGAGAAAAUAAAAAGAGUAGAAAAGGAUUAUGCUCAUAAAUCAAAGAAUGAAAAGGAGAAAAAAAUAGAGUCACUAAUGAGGAAAUACGAGGAAAAACUAAGAAAUAUAAGGGAAGAAGCUGAGAGUAAUACAUUUGAAAAAAUUUUAACUAGUAUUUUUAAAAAGCUUUCAGAAAUAUGGCAUUGGUUUUGGAAUUAAUGUCUAUUUCAUUCUUUCUCCUUAACUUACUGUGAUUUGUUAAUGUGAUGGAUUUUAUUUUUC